CACUUGUGAAGGUGCAUCGCGGGCCUUGGAGCUAAUUCACUGCAGGCGCCUUCAGAUCAGAGCCUGCCUGGAGCCAUGUCGCGGGAGCAGCACUCCCGAUGAGCUGCCCGCAUUCUGCAGCCCGCGUCCCCGACCGCGCCCCAUCAUGUCCUCGAACAUCCGCGUCUUCGUGCAAUGGAAGAACUCGACCGUAUUCGCCGGCGAAGACAUUGAGUGCACAAUCACCUUCAAGAAUACAGCCCUGCCCGAAGGCCGCGACAAGUCGCCCAUCCGAAAGGCGAAUGGCUUUGCGCCGGGCGGGGAGCGCCAGCGCAAGCUGCCCCCCGUGCACUCGUCGACGCGCCCCUCCGUCUCGCGCAAUUCCUCCUUCACGUCUCUCGGCGGGCCAGCACAGCAUUUGCGCGGCCACCGCCCGGCCCUGUCGGUGCAGACGGCAUCCUCGGUUGGCGACCGCAAUCGCUCCCCCCAGCCGUACAGCGCAGCCUUCAACAACGGCAGCGCCACGCCGGCACACAAACACGGUCACGGAAAGUCGCUCUCGAUAGUAUCCCUAGGCACAGAUGCAGCCACAGAAGGCAGCCACGAGCGCCCGGCUCCAGCAGCCCGGCGGCCGAUGCGCGCCCAUGGCCGGUCCGCAAGCCUUCAGGUGAUGCCAGGCCGGCCAAGUCCCUUCCCAGUCACGUCUCCCGGACACCGCUCCGGAAGCCACUAUUCUCCACGUUCCGGUGGGGGCUCUCCGCCGACGAUCCACGAGCCUUUCCCAAGCGCUUCUUUCCCGCCGCGACCCGUCCGAACACACUCGGGCGCAGCCACCGCCCCAAACACCCCGGCGCUCCGAAGCGGCCCGCGAAAGCCAUCCGGCUCAUUCUCGCAAAACUUCAAAUUCCCCGCGUCCCCCCCGACGAACGACCCCUCGCCAGAGCGUCCCGUUGCGAAUGACGUGGAGACGAGCGCCAGGGCGCGGUCUCCUCUUCAACGCGAAACGUCCCAUGAUGCGCCUGUCGAACCGCUGUCUAAACAACCCACAGAAAACCUCUCUCCAAUCGCGCGGAUACUGUCUGGCUCCAGUAUGAAUGGGACACCAAGGAGUAGCGCAGAGUUCUAUUCCCAGAGCAACAACUCUACUGAGACGCUAGCAUCCGAGUACAUAGUGCCGCAGACCGCACGUCUUCUGCCGAGAGUAUUCCACCAGCGCCGGCAAUCGCAGUUAGUGCCGCCGAACCAAAGGAUGCAGCCUGAAGCUUUGAUGAUGGGCUAUGCUCAAGUCAUGGGAUCUUUCACCUUGGAUGGCUCGUUGAUCAACCAAGCUCCGUUUGAGGAGGUCAAAAGAAAAGGAGUUGUGGGUGGACAAGGCGGAGGAGGUGUCGUUGGUGUCGAACGCACAAAGCGCGAGAGUGGCUUGUUCGGCGCACUUGGCUGGUCGAACAUCGGAGAAUCCAUAGGAGGAUUAUUAGGUGCUUCGGAGCCGUCGAGCAUCCGAGAAAUGAGAGGGCUCGCAAGCUCGAAAACCGUUCCUUUGAUCACCACCCCGCAGUCCAUUUUGUUUGUCGACCUACAACUAGCUCCCGGCGAAAGCCGCAGCUAUACCUACAGUUUCACAUUACCUCGGGGCUUGCCUCCUACACACAAAGGAAGGUCGAUGAAAGUAGUCUACCACUUGACUAUCGGUACUCAACGGCCGGGAUCCGCACGCGAUCAGCAAGUGAAGCAUGUCGAAAUACCCUUUCGUGUUUUCGGCAGCGUGAACAGUCGGGGCGAGAUAUUAGGGCAUGAUCUCAUGUCCCCGUACAUAAUCCUCCGAGAUCAAGCCAAAACCUCCACUGUUGAUCCUGAUUCAAGAACUGGUUCCCCAAGCAAGAAGACCUCCACCCAAACGACCCAAGACACAGCCAACUUCAACGACUUCUUAGAAUACGUCGACAAUCUCCUUGAUCGUCCCCGGCAAAAUUCUUCCAUGGGCCUUCUCUCUCCCACAGAAACCAUUCCGGGCCGCUCCUCCCUACCCGAUGAACCUCAAUCCAUGAAAGAAGCCAUUGACCUGGCCAUCAUGCGCAGCAACCUCACUGGUGCCGCAAAUCAAUCCGCGAACCGCUUCGAAAUCGCCCGCAGCGGUCGCCGCGUCGCCGUUAUCAUGCUAGCGCGCCCAGCAUACCGUCUGGGCGAGACCGUAUCCGCGGUCAUCGAUUUUACAAACGCUGAUAUUCCAUGCUACUCGAUGCACGUGUCGCUUGAGACGUGCGAGAAAGUCGAUCCAGCCAUUGCAUUAAGAAGUAAUGCGUCCAUCUACCGCGUCACCCGCAAAGUACACGCUUCCUUCUCCGAGAACGCUCUCUUUGCGCAACGCUUAUCCUUCUCACCCACCAUCCCUCCGAGCGCGACACCCGAGUUCAUCACGAGUGGCGUAAGUCUCGAAUGGAAGCUUCGCGUGGAAUUCAUCACGCCUCGGCUUGUGCACGAGGAUGGCGAGCAGGCGUACUGGGAUGAUCUACUCGAGGAGGUGGAAAGCGGUGACAGGGGCGUCAUAUUAGCGGCGGCAGAGAGGCUGCCCGCGGAGAGUUUCGAAGUCAUGGUGCCAGUGAGGGUGUAUGGGGCUGUUAGUAGAGCGGAGGUUGAUGAGGAUGGCGGCGAGGGGCUGCCUGUGUAGCACAGUUUUGACACCACCUUGUUCGGCUGUUGGCCCCGGUAACGGGCAUACUUGGAUAGAAGUAAAUGCAGACGGAGACAUUUUUACCCUGUACAUGAGAUAAGGGGUAAGCUUGCAAUUGAAGGCAUAUAACAUGGUGUGUUGGAUUUGAUGUUGUAUACCAUGGGCUAGAUAAAUUCAGAUUCGCACCAUCAGUAAUGGGUUUUCGAUUUUCACUUUCAUGAACUUACUGCCCAGGCGCUUCAAGGGUAGUCAUAUUGGAACAGAAGCGCUGUCUUGUGUACCACGCCAUGCCAUCAUUUCUCUUUCUGCCCAUGAUCUAG